AUGGUGGAACGCCUUCACCGACAACUGAAGACCGCCCUCACUACCCGCCUCAAUUGUGCCACCUGGGUUGACGCCUUGCCCCUUGUGCUCCUGGGUUUGCGAGCCGUCCUCCGGGCAGACCUACAGUGCUCAGCAGAAGAGCUCGUGUAUGGCAGUUCUCUGAGUCUCCCCGGAGACUUUUUUACAUCGACGCAGCUAUCAGCCCAGCCACAACAGUUCCUACAACGCCUCCUGGACUGUGUUAAAGAUCUCCGACCCACUCCACCCCGUCCAUCCCGCUGCAAUACAAUCUUCGUGUACCCCGACCUGGCCACUUCAACACACGUUUUCGUGCGCCGAGACGCUGUCCGACCACCGCUAACCCCAGCCUACGACGGACCAUUCCUCGUCCUCCGCCGCACCCCGAAAACUGCCACCUUCCUACAGAACGGCCAGGAAGAGACUGUCAUCUUGGACCGCCUCAAGCCGGCUUACGUGGAAACCGCGACAGAAAGCCUCGCACCGCCGCCCGACCUCGCGCUAGAGUGCCACAGUCGGCCCUCCGUCCGGUUUCGACUUCCAGUCGAGGCGGGGGGCCCUGUAACGCCCUCCUUUGGGCGGCGCGUAGAACCCGGAUAG